GAAGCGUUUUUCUAGUCUAGUCAUCUAAACGCCACACGUGUGCAUGUGUAGCUGUGAGCGUUACGAGGAGCACCUGAAGGUAACACGGGGAGGUGCAAUUUCAGUGUAGCUUUCCCUGCGUCGCUCGGUUUCUCCUCCUCCUCCUUCCCCUUUUAUUUCUCUUGCCUGCAUCUCCACCACCACCUGCUACAACUGUACCGCAGACAUGGAGACCUUCCGCUAAUUGCUGUAAAGUGACGGGAAUAAACAUCUGAAAGAAAAGGCAAAAGGGGAGACAACGAGGGCUGAGGAUCAGGGAGUUGGACCAUAGAGCUGGAAGGAGGCUGAAAGAAGGGGUGACAAGCGGAAAGACAGAAACAUAUGGUUGGACAGAAAGACGUUUUAUUUUACUGAGGACUGCCGAAGCGGACAGAAACUUCUUCGACUACCGUUUGUUCAAGGAGGAUUGCGGUGUUUGGACCUGCCUGGACGCGCGCGCACACACGCUCACAGAGAGCAUCAAAAGACGCGGUGCAGGCUUACAAACGCUUCCUGCACGGGGGGGAUUUAAUUAGACAACUUAUUGGCACAGAAGAGGAGCUUCUCACAGCAGCAAGCCAUGUCUGGCCAGACAGUGACCAUCCCGGACGACAGGGCGUUCGCCAGCUUCAAGGCGGAGUGCCUGUGCGAAGAGGGCUGGACCAUGACCUACACCAAGGGGGGCAUCACGGUGUGGACCCAGGUGCUGGAGGAGGGCAAAUCCGUCCAUAAAAUUAAGUGUCGUAUGGUAUGUAAGGACGUGCCGGCUGAGACGAUGUACGAUGUUCUCCAUGACAUUGAAUACAGAAGAAAGUGGGACUCAAAUGUCAUCGAGACCUUUGAUAUUGGGAAGCUCACAGUGAAUGCAGAUGUUGGAUACUACUCAUGGAAGUGUCCGAAACCUCUCCGGAACCGGGACGUCAUCACGCUUCGCUCCUGGCUGCCAAUAGGGAAGGAUUACAUCAUCAUGAACUACUCUGUUAAGCAUUCCAAAUACCCUCCUAAAAAGGACAUGGUGCGAGCUGUUUCCCUUCAGACGGGCUACAUGAUUCAGAGCCAGGGACCAACCAACUGUACCCUCACUUAUAUGGCCCAAGUAGAUCCACGAGGCUCAUUACCCAAGUGGGUUGUCAACAAAUCUUCUCACUUCCUCGCUCCCCGCGCAAUGAAAAAGAUCAGCAAAGCCUGUCUGAAGUAUGCAGAGUGGAAGCAGAAACAUGGGCCUAACUUCAAGCCCUGGCUGUACCCUGAACAGACCACGUUAGCUACAAUCCCUCUCUCAGAGCUGAGCACUCAGCGCGCGGAGAGCCUGGAGAAUAUCGACGAGAGCUCUUUGGCCGAGACUAAUGAGAGGGAAGACAGCGACUAAACCAAACAUGUUCAUACAAACAGCAAUGCAGGGAUACAUAAAUGCUUAAUAAAUGUCCCAUCAUUACAUGUAUGUA